AUUGCAAAUGCAAUUCCUAUUUUAAGCCAGGCAGACCUUGAUCAGGCCAUUGAGAUUUUGGACAGAAGCCAACACCUCACAAGUUUAAGAAUACUCUUGUCUUUACCCAAUGGUGUCACCGAGAAUGCUGGACACCACAGCAUGAAAGCAAAUUCCUCAAUGUUGCCUCCCAGUAAUCCAAAGGUUGGGUCUUUCUUUGGAAUUGCCAGCAAGCCAUUUUAUGUAAGUGAUUGGAUUUUGAUUUCAUACAGUGUUCUCACCAGGCAGUGGCCCUGUGGGAUUCCCACAAGAAAAUCUGAGAUGGUGCAUAAAGAAGAAGAAGGUGCACCCUCUUGGGCGCAGGGGCAUGCUACGAGUCAAAUAGACUUUAGAACAUCUACAGUUAAGUAG